CUCUCGUUCCUUCCUCCCUUCCCCCUGUUUCUCUCCCUCCCACUCUCCCGUCUGUCGGGCGUCCUGCUCCCGUUGGCCGGUCGGCAUUAUUGAUGCGGUGGUGGUCGUGUCAUGAGGAAGCUGUGCCCGAACAAUGACCGCGACGACUCCCUGGACACCGUGCUGGAGGUGCCCAUCCCCGAUGAGAUGCUCGCCAACGCCCCCGGCGCCGACAAGCGCCGGGGCGGCGGUCCCAACAUGCGCGCCUGGCUCAAAACCCAGGCGUUCGACCGCGCCACCGCCGACGGGCCCGCCGCCGCCGCCGCCAACGCCGAGCUCCAGCUCUUCCUCAACGUCGUCGGCUCGCCGCUCAUCCCCUGCCCCGUCCCCCACGACCGCGCCUUCAGCCGCUCCAUCCGCGAUUCCUCCAUCCAAGCGUCGACGGCAAAGUACAUCAUGCAUCAGUACAUCGCCGCCACGGGCGGGCAGGCGGCACUGCAGGGCGUGCAGAGCAUGUACGCCGUCGGGAAGGUGAAGAUGUGCGCGUCCGAGUUCCACCUCGGCGACCAGACCGUCACCGCCGCCCAGGGACGCGCCGAGGUCGGUGGCUUCGUGCUCUGGCAGAAGUGCCCCGAGGUCUGGUACUUCGAGCUCAUCAUGGCCGGUCACAAGAUGAGCGCCGGCAGCGACGGCAAGGUCGCCUGGCGCCAGUCCGCCGCCGAGAACUCCCACGCCUCCCGCGGCCCGCCCCGCCCCCUCCGCCGGUCCCUCCAGGGUCUGGAUCCGCGGUCGAUCGCGAACCUCUUCUCCGACGCAGUAUGCAUCGGCGAGAAGGUCAUCAACGGCGAGGAGUGCUUCAUCCUGAAGCUGGAGGCGAGCGCCACGACGCUGCGGGCGCGGAGCGCGGCGGCGUUCGACAUCAUCCACCACACGGUGUGGGGAUACUUCAGCCAGCGCACGGGCCUGCUCAUCCAGCUCGAGGACAAUCACCUGCUCCGCAUGAAGUCCGGCAAGGGCGCGCGACGCAGCGAGAACAUCUUCUGGGAGACCAGCAUGGAGUCCGUCAUCAACAACUACCGCCACAUCGACGGCGUCAACAUCGCGCACGGCGGCAAAACCACCGUCACGCUCUUCCGCUAUGGCGAGGGCUCCGUCAACCACAAGAGGAAGCUGGAGGAGACGUGGACGGUGGAGGAGGCCGACUUCAACGUGAAAGGCCUCACCUCCGACUACUUCCUGCCGCCGUCAGACCUCAAGAAGGAGGGCGACGACCAGCCCGGCGGAUGACCGGACACCGCGAAUAAUCAAGUGUGCUCGCGGUAGUGCUAAUUUGAAACAACAACGUUAAUCCAAGGACAUCGAAAUCCAUUAAUUCCAGGCUAAUCUUUUCUGUAGACGUGGCCAUAGCUGUAUGUGUGUUGAUUCUUCUUUCAACCAAUCGCAAAGUACGCCAUGAUCCAGGAAUAGAAUUACUUAAA